CGACCAGUUCUACCAGUAACCACUCAGAGGACCGUCAACUGUGAUGGACAGUAGUUCGUGGAUAUGAGUACUUUUCUCCGCUAACAACCAGGACAGUCAAGACUAACUACCUCCCUUCCUCCACCCUUCUCCGCCAACCACUCAGCGUACAGUCAGACACCAGUCUCAACCACCAGUCACCCGUUAACCGUAUCAGAGUAGACAGUAUCCCAAGUCGUCGUUAGUUAGUUAAAGAGCUUGUUGUGAGUCUCCCCCCCCCCCAACACUCACUUAGUUCCCCGUUAUCAGUGACAGGACAGACAGUUACCCACUCAGUCUCUAUACCUAGCGAUAGGCUUUGACCUGUGACGAACAUGUUGUGUGUAAGUUUAACGGGAACUAAGAGGCGGAGAUGAAAGGCGGAUCAUCUCUCGCGUAGAAGACUGGUUCACUUGUAUCUCUGGAGUGAAUUGAGUUGCGGAAAAUAGACCCAACUUUAAGGCUAAUUACUGUGUCGACUGGAGGAAAACAUAACCUGAUCCGGUUAGUCCCUGGAUCGAUUAGGGGGAUUGUAAUUAUACUUCAAUUUAUGGUGGACUAAGAGCUACACCCUCCACCAUGAACACCUCGACGCUGUAUCUCGACCUGGAGGACACGGACUCCUUCCCUCUCAACUGCUCGUACCUGAACACGACAGACACAGACACAGCCAGUAACUGUAGCCUCGGGGUGUUCACGGGCGAGGUGUCCCCUAUACAUAUGGUGGCCAACAUCAUCAUGCAGGCUUGUUACGCCAUCGCCUUCUUGGUGGGUCUGUGCGGCAACACCCUCGUCAUCUACGUAGUCACUAGGUUCUCCAAGAUGCAGACGGUCACUAAUCUGUACAUUGUGAACCUGGCUAUAGCGGACGAGCUCUUCGUUAUAGGCAUCCCGUUUCUUAUGAUCACUUCGGUCCUGGGUUAUUGGGCCUUCGGGUCUACCAUGUGUAAGUUGUACAUGAUCACGACGUCCCUCAACCAGUUCACCAGUUCACUCUUCCUCACCAUCAUGAGCGCUGACCGGUACAUCGCCGUCUGUCACCCCAUCAGCGCCCCCAAGUUCCGGACGCCCAUGAUCUCCAAGCUGGUCUCCCUGACGGCCUGGACCACCUCCGCCCUCAUGAUCGUGCCCGUCUUCAUGUACUCCAACACGCUGGAAGUUUAUGACCUCAUCAACUGUAACAUCUUCUGGCCAGACAGCUUCGGCAUCAGCGGUGAGUUCGUCUUCACACUCUACUCGUUCAUACUCGCCUUCGGUCUCCCUCUCACCCUCAUCUUCAUCUUCUACGGGCUGGUGCUGCAAAAACUCAAGUCCGUGGGACCCAAGAGUAAGUCGAAAGAGAAGAAGAAGAGCCACAGGAAGGUGACGAAGAUGGUGCUGACGGUGAUCACGGUGUACGUCAUGUGUUGGCUGCCCUACUGGGUGCUGCAGCUGGUGCUCAUCUUCAGCCCGCCCCGGGUAGGUCAGAGUCCCUUCAUGGUGGUGCUGUUCCUCAUCUCCUCCUGUCUCUCCUACAUCAACUCCGCCAUCAACCCCAUCCUGUACGCCUUCCUCAGCGAGAACUUCAAGAAGAGUUUCAUGAAGGCGUGUACCUGCGCCACCAUGAUGGAAGCCAAUAGCGCCCUGGCCGCAGAAAAUUCCAUCUUUCCACGACGACGGGGCGGCUCCACCAUGAGGGCCAAGAACUCCAGACAAGACAUGGUGUCCAACGAUGCCUACACGACGGCGAUCUCCAUGACGACUCGUUCCACCUUCAGUCAGGCGCCCAGGGAGAACGGCACUGAGAUCCCCACCUCCCAGCUCUGAGGACCUCGCUACUGCUGCUGCUGCUGCUACUACUACAGGGCUCUGUAUCAAGAUGGUUGCUUCUACGUCAUCCCUUACAUCAAUAUCUCAAAAAAACAACGCCACUGCAGGCAGAAGACGAGCGAACGUUCGCCCUGUGGCUAGCUUCAGUAUGCAUGGAUCAUGUUAAACAGAUGGACGGCUGGCGAACGUUCGUCGGCUGUAGGGGGCACGCCAGGCACUUUUGGUUGGUCGUGUUAGUGGUGGAGUUUCUGCUGGCGACUCGUUCUGGAAAAUUGGACCAAGUUCCUGGGGUCUAAGAGGUGAUCAACGCCAUAUAGAAAUUCUCACACAAUGCCAAAAAAAAAAAAAAAAUCCAGGGAUACCAGACCAGUAGAAUAAUUCUGGCAUUACGCUGGAAUUCCCCCGUGAGGCUCUACAGGCCGGCCGUUGUCUUGUUCAGGAAAACAGAGGACGAACUUCAGGUUACUAGAGGCUGAAGAGGCCGCCACGUGUCACUUGAAGAGUCUUUUUGGUGUCUCUUAGAGCCUCCACAACCCUCCAGCGACUGAGUGAUGAUUAUUCAUAAGCUCCACUCGACACACCCUUCCCUCCCCCUCCCAGAGCUCCACUCGACACACCCUUCCCUUCCCUCCCCC